AUGGUACAGUACCUCCAUUUUAGGAUCCUGGAAUUCCCAUUGAUUUAUAGAUCAGUUUCCACAGAUGUGAGCUCUCUCAACCUGUCAGCUUUUAGGUCAAGACGCACCUUGAAGCACCUUGAUUUAUCUCUCAUUUCUGUCCGCGUGAAGCUGUUCUUUUUAGUGGCCCAAUUUUGGGGUUCCCCCUGGCCUCGUGUCGCGCUGAGCCCAGUAUUUACUAUGCUGAGCAAAGAUCCACAGCUGGAGCACUUCUUACGAAAAGGCUUUCUGCUGAUUCCGCCGGGCAGUUCCUCCCCGGAAUUGCACCAGGCCAUUUACGCCAAGGCAAGUGCCAUCAAUGCGAAGGGCCCCGAAGAGACGUGGCGGCUGGCGGAUGGGGUCCUGGCAGCGAUUCCGGAACUGAACCACGUCAUCGAAAUGCCGCAGGUGCAACAAGCGCUGACGGCGAUCUUGGGAGAGCAUUACAUGCUCCACGGGCAUCGGCACUUGCAUGUCUCCGGUGCAGCCAGUCAGAUGUGGCACAAGGAUUCUUACUGGGGCCUUCGCAAGAUCCGGAAGCAUCGGCCCCGAUGGUGCAUGCUGCUGUACUAUCCACAGGAGACGGUGCUCUCCAUGGGGCCUACCUGCAUCUUAUCUGGAUCGCAGUACUGGACCAAAGAUACCGAGCAUAUGGAGUGCGGGGAGGAUAUCCUACUGCCAAACUCCCAAGAGCAGAGCAUGUUCCUUCCGCAUGGCAACGUGCAGUACCAAACAGGGGUGCUGAAUGAAGCAAAGUCCAACUACUUAGCGCAAUAUGCUGGUCUGGUUGAAGACUUAGCUCUCACAGUGCCUGCCGGAAGUUGUGUUCUGAUGCACUACGACCUCUUCCAUCGAGCCAGUUGCCGUUUGAAUGGUACUGCUCCCGUGCGAUUCUUGGUGAAGUUUCAGUUUUUGAGGACCGUGGAGCCAUCUCCGUCCCAGACGUGUUCAUCGCGGAUGGUGGUGAACCACCCCAGCUGGAAGUUGCCGCCCAACGUGCAGCUGGAUCCCAUCGUCAAGGACAUCAGCGCUUGGAUGGCCGGGACCGGCGCCGCCAAGGCGUCGAUGUCUCUGUCCGAGCGCGCACGACGGCUGGAGGAGUUGCAACGGAGCUCCAGCGAGGUGGAACGCUUAGCAGCUGCCUACAGCCUUGGACAGGUUGGUGCACGACAGGCCCUGACUUGUGCCCUGCUGGAGGGCUCAGAAGCCACCUGCCGUGCAGCCGCCUAUGGCUUGGUUGCCAGUGGCCCCGAGGCAGCGCAUCACGUGCUGCGGCUGUUGAAGAGCCACCAGUCCGUGCCGGUGCACCUGGCAGAUCUGCCCCAGACCUCGCGGCUGCGGCGCUUCAGCGCCUUCGUGCUGGGCGAAUGCGCGCGGCCGGAGCCGCAGACGAUCCGGGCAUUGGGGGAGGCCUUGCGGGAGGAGUUCUGCACCGAAGCUCUGGGUGAGAUGUUGGAGGCUUUGGGCUUGAUCGCUGCAAGGGCUAGGGCAAUGGACCAAGAGGAGCUGUGCCAUUUAUGUAUGCAGCAGGUCCUACCAUUCUUGGACACGCCCAUUCCAAAAUGUCAGGUGGGAGAAGGUGCAGCCUAUGCCAUCCUUUUGGCUGCUGGACCCAGGGGACAGGCGCCACCGCACGUGUUGGCGCACUUGGCUCAGGUGGUCGAUUCCCCCGAUCACAUCCUUGGCAGCUUCGCCCUGGAAGUCCUGCGCCGCGCCGGCCACGUGCCGUGCCGGCCACGCCCGGGGCGGCCCAGGUUGGCGCUGAGGGAGGCGCCCAGUUGGGGGAAUGCCGCGCCAAUGGAACAACACCCGAAGAUACGCAAGCUCUGCGAGGAGGACGGCAUUUUCGGCGACACUCCGGAUACGCCUCAGACCUGCGUCUCCUUGGCAUCGCUGGCAUCUUCCCCCUCCUCUCCCUGGGUCGGCGAAGCCGUGGCCCACUCUGCAAUGAUUUGAUCCAAGCUCCGUUCGAGUUUUCAGCCGCUCGUCCAUGUGGCUUCUCUCGCAUCCGAAGUGGCAUAAAAUGCUUGGAUGCACCGAUGCAUGCAUAUUUGUAAUAUAUUU